AGUGCUCGGAGCGGACGGAGCUCAGCCGAAGCAGCGGCUCUCUAACGGCUUCCCAGCGCCUCAGCUCGGAGGGAGACUCACCGGUGCCGCCUCGGUGUUUGGUUAAUAUCUGGUUGACGUCACAACUGUUCAUAACUAUCGAAGUAACAUCUGGAGGAUGAACCCUCAGUGCGCCCGCUGCGGGAAGAUCGUCUAUCCGACGGAGAAAGUUAGCUGCCUGGACAAGAACUGGCACAAAGGAUGCUUCCACUGCGAGGUCUGCAAGAUGACGCUGAACAUGAAGAACUACAAAGGCUACGACAAGAAGCCCUACUGCAACGCACAUUACCCCAAGACGUCGUUCACCAUCGUGGCCGACACACCAGAGAACCUGAGACUGAAACAGCAGAGUGAGCUGCAGAGCCAGGUGAAGUACAAAAAGGACUUUGAGGAGAGUAAAGGUCGAGGGUUCAGCAUCGUGUCCGACACCCCAGAAAUGCAGAGACUCAGACGGACUCAGGAGCAGAUCAGUAACGUAUGUCUUCCUCUAUAUGUCGUUUAUGUGGAUGUGAAUGUGAUGGUUCUGUUGGGUCAGUGAGCACACAC